AUGGCUUCGUCUUCCAAAUCUCCUAAACAACCCAAGAUCCCUGAAACUACCCAAGAUAUGAUCAGCAGUAUGCCGACUGAAGUGACUGACAGAAUCAUGAAGCGCUUGCCACUAAAAAUGGCAGCUAAGAUGAGCAUGCUUUCGAGAAUAUGGAGACGUAAUUGGCUGUCUCAUAGGUACCUUGUCUUCGAUAAAGCUUUCUGGGAAGAACACAGUAAAAAUGGAAAAUUUGAUUGGCUUAAUAUCAGCAAGAUCAUCAGCAAUAUACUCUUAUUUCACAAUGGUGCAGUGCAAUUAUUUCAUCUUUAUAUUCCUGAAGAAGGUGGAUAUAAAGAUAUGAGCCUUAAUAUCAGUCAAUGGAUUUCUUUUCUUUCGAGAGUUGGGGUUAAGAAGAUCUGUAUUUCUAACAGGAGUGGUCGUCGUCUAACUAUUCCUUCUCAUAUAUAUGCAUGCAAAGAGUUGGUAAAAUUGAGGAUUGAGUUCUAUGUACUUGUAGGCCCGCCGUGUGAGUUUAAGGGCUUUGCUCAUCUUCGCAAUCUUGAGCUAGUCAACGUCGAUCUUGAGCGAGUUAACGUCGAACUUGAUGAGCUUCUUGGUACAACAAUCAAAAUUUUGAUUGCAAGCUGUCCUCGUCUUACGGGGUUAGUUAUAAAUGUGUCACGGAUUCAGACGUUUGACCUGCCAAUACUCCGUACACUUCGUUCACGUCCAUUUCUUGCUGACAUACUAAGUUGGACCCUUGUCAGUGACAUCAAGAUCCUUAUGGGUUCAUCUGAACUUCAAUGCCUUCAAUUAGGAGGCAAGAUGUGUCAGGUAAAAGUGUAA